CCUUUUGCUAUCAGAGUUUUGACCACAAUUCCAAAUGAACCAAAAAGACCUACAUUUUAACUCAUUUUCAAAAACCACUGACAGAAAGUCGAGACCAUGAGUCACAAACCGUGGCAACAAUAAAAAAUAAAUAAAAAAUGUAAGCAUGUUCAUCACUUUGAAGUGUCCUCUUGAGACACUUCUGUUGUUGUUUGGUGUAAUUAGAGAUUUUAAGAUGAUCGUCCGUGCCCUAUCCUAAACCUACAAGAGCCAGGUGACUGAACAUUGUAAUAAAAAAAAUGUCUGUGAAUUUAAAUGGGUAACCUUAAAUGCCAACUUAAAUGCCAGUUUGUUCAAAUGUCUUUUUACUCCUUUCUUUUUUAUUAUUUGUUAUGUAUUUUGAACAGUGUAUUUAUAAGCUUCAGGUCUAUUAAAUGUAACUGGCAAACGAAGACCUAUAUGCCUGUGCCACAGUACAGAUAGAACCAAAGAUUCUAGAGCCCCAAAUCUAGAAUGUCUGGCCAGAAUCCUUCACAGCGGCAGCGUGGUUCUUCAAAGAUGCGGUAACCAUAGGUUUCCCUGGAACGCGUGGUCGUAUCUAUGGAUACAGCAGGGAAAUGAGACUACUGAAUUUGAUGCACAGGAAGGAGGGGGAGACGCGAUGGACAGAGGUAAUGAGUUAGGACCGAGACGUAAUCUUAAAACGAAGACAAGCUCGGUCAAUUUGUCUGGGCGAGAGGUGGACCUGGUGUGUGAGGCGGUAACGGACUCGGACUCGGACUCGGAUCCGCUUGGGAGGCACAAUCGAAGCAAGAAGAAAGGGCUGGAGAUGGAGAGACCUCGGUGUCACCCAGAUAAUAGCUUUGCGUUGGCCAGAGAGCGUCUUAUCUCCUUAAAAGAGUCCAUAUCAGGAGAUGAAUGUGUGUACACGGAGAAGAUUAGACAGCAGUAUGCCGAAAUAAAGAAGGUGGAAGAAAUCAUAAACGAUCAGAGAAAGAAAAUUGCGGCUGUGCGUCAAGGAAUAGAGCAGGUCAGAUUUAGAAACAGUGAAGAACGGAUGCAGGAGCUGCAGAACAGUAGCAGGCCUGAUAAUGCCGAGGUCAAGGACAGCCAGGGGCACAAGACCCCUCCCCAAACUAAGCGAGAGCACCAAGCAGCUUUGGGAAUGAUGGAGGCUCAUCUUGAUAAGAUGGAGGGAGUGUUACUUGGUCACAAAAAAAGACUGGAUGAAAUGCGUCUUGAGAAACGUCGGGAUUUUUUGAACAAGCAGCAAAAGUGGAGGCAGAGGAUGUUGGCCAUGCAGGCGGAAAAAUACUAUCCUAAACCAGAGGAGGGAUAGCCCAGAGGGGAAUAGAGGGGCCAAGCACAAAGUGCAUUUACCAAAGUGUUUACCUACAGUUUUGCUAUAUUUUAAUGGGUUUUUGUACAGAAAUAAAGACUUUUGAUGCACCGUUUCCAUGACAUUGUUGUUCUGCCCCUGGCUUAUUUCUUGCAACUGUUACACAGUGACAAGUGACAAAUUGGAGAAUUUCGUCCAUCGUUGUGAAAAAGUCAAGUCAAGCGAACAUUUAAUCCAAUAGAAACUGUAAUUACAGUCAAGUGUGACAGUCCCUUAAUUUGUUGCAGCCCAUUCAUCCAUCAAAUGGUCAAAAUGGUGCUGAUUGAAAAAAGAAAAACAUUGGGCUGUGAAGGUGAGGUAGAAGUGGGUUUUGAAGCUUUGAAGUUGGGUGUGUGGAUAUUGAAGUGUUGGGGUAAAAAAAGGGGGUGAUUUAAAAUGAUAAAAAGCAAAAACACUGCCCUGCAACUUAUGUACAUGUACUGUUUGAAGAGAUGGUUUAUAAUAAACGACCUACAGGCUUUCUGUCUGUAUGUGUGCUACCCCACAA